AUGGACAUUAUCAUUGAUGGGUCAGAUGUCUUAGAUGUCUUAUAUUGUGAAUGUGACGGUAACGGCGCCAAAUGUGAUGGUGAUUGUGAACUUGUAGAUGAAGAGACUGAUUUGUGUAUUGCUGAAGUUAUUAAAUGA